AUGGACACGGAGAUGGAUAAAUUCACUCCAGUAGGUCAACCUGAAGAGCACCCAGCCACUAAGAAGUUUCGGAAUAGAGAGGAGAGUUUAGAGCAGUCUAAAAUCUUCUCCUUCAAAGAUGCGAUCGUUAAUGAUUCAUCCGGGUAUAAAAGGAAGAUUCCAACAAGAAUUCCAGUCAAGGUGAACGAUGAUGAAGUGAUUCAUAGUAUCAAAGACGGAAUUGGUGCUGUUAGAUUCCUUGACCCGGUUCAACAAAGAAUGAAGGAUGCUAUGGGUUAUUCUGUGGUAGUGAACCCUCUUGGACGGACAGUGGCCGACAGCGUUUUGAAGAACAAAUUGGCAGUGCUCUGGCAACCAAAAGGGGAGUUGGAAAUCAGAGACCAAGUUAAUGGUCACUACGUUAUCCGUUUAACAAGUGAGGAUGAUUACAACAACGCAAUUCUUAAUGGCCCAUGGACCUAUGGAAGAACGCCGCAAAUGUCUUUCACGGAGACAGUUCGUCUGAAAUUAUACUGGAAUACUACUUAUACAACUGAACCUGAUGGGACUAUCACGGUACAGCGGGAUGCGCCGGACGGUUAUCUUAUCAUUGAUCGUAUGUUAGAUUUCUCGGAACUUGUUGAUAAGGUAUGUAGUGUAAUGGAAGUUGAUAGAGAAGGGCUGUACAUUGAUUUUUCUUUGGAAUGGACGGAGAGGUCAGGAAAAAGGUCUCGUGUGCACAUUAAUGAUGAUAAUACUGUUCGAUUCAUUUAUCUUUGUGCUGAUAAAUGGCCAGAAUUGUACCCUGAAAAUGUUGAGAGAACAGGUCAUGUUUAUGCAAGUACAUCUGGCCAGGAUAUUGGUGCCAGCAUUAGUGGUGGUAGAACAGUUGAAGACAAUGAAGAUGGAGAUGAAGAUGGAGAUGAAGAUGAAGAUAAAGAUGAAAAUGCAGAUGAAGAUGAAGAUGAAGAUGGCGUGGGUGUCGAAAGCAGUGAUGAUGAGUACGUCCCAUCGGAUGAGGACUCAGAUGACGACACUGAUUUUGAGUCAUCUUCUUCAGUCCCAUAUGUUUUCGACGACAUAAGUGGAUGGGACAAGACUUUAGAGGAAGUAGAUUGUGAUGGGAUUAAAAUGUGGGAUGGCAAUCCGUUGACGCUAGGCCUUGAUAUACAUUUCGCCAACAAGCCUGAGGCACAAGCGGCAGUGGGAGAAUGGAACUUGGUACAUGGUCGGACUUUCCGGGUGAAAACGAGCUCUAAACGAACAUGGUAUGUCGAAUGCGAGACGUGUGGACCCAAAUAUCCGAAAGAGCGUCUUCACGGCUAUGAUUGUCUGUGGAAGGCGCGAGUUUCGCUACAGAAAGCCACCGAUACUUGGAAAAUGGUGGUAUGGUCCGAUUCCCACAACUGUCUUGGGGCAAACAAGAGAAACGAGUCCCGAAACGUCACGUCUUCUAUGAUUGCUAGACUGGUUGCCCAAAAUGUGCGAAAACAUCCAGAUUUUGCAGUUGCCCAAAUUCAAAUAGAAGUUUUGAAGAGGUACCAAGUUGAAUGUAGCUACAAGAAGGCAUGGCAUGGUAGAAGAAAAGCACUUGAGGCUCUGUAUGAGGCCCGGAAGAAAUCAUUGAGGCAAAAGGUCAACCGGUUUAGCAAGAGAAACCAGAAGUACGAAGUGGUUACAAUAGCACCUGAUAAUCAACCAUGGAAGGCUGAGGAGAAGCAAGUUGUGCUGUAUGCAAAUCGAGAGUGCACUUGCGGAAGGUGGCACACUUUCAGAUUUCCUUGUUCCCAUGCACUUCGAGUUGCCCGUGAGCUAGGUGACGAUCCCUUCCCACUUUUUGAUCCAUGUUACACUAUGCAUCAAUGGUACCAGCAGUUUUCUGGAGAAUUCAACCCAAUCAUGGAACCAUGGCCAAAGGCAACAUGGCAGAUCAGGCCAGAUGACACUAAACUUGUCCACCAUGCUGGCCGAGGUCGGAAGCGUGUGAAUCGGAAAAAAGGUGUGAUGGAUUAUACAAGACAAUUUGGCCUGCAAAGACUCCAAACUUGCAGUUUGUGUAAGCUACAAAGCCAUAAUGCCAGGGCUUGCCCAUAUGCGAGAGUUUGCGCACGAUGUGGAAGUUUAGAUCAUGAUGCUGUGGGAUGCUCUUUUUCUCAUCCACCUGCUGACAGGACCGCUAUUGAUAAACUGUAUGAUCCAUAUGGAAUUCGUGGUGUGCCUAAUAUCAAUUCUGAUGAUGAUGAUGAUGCCAUGUCCAAGUCAUCUCUGGCCGCUUCUGCCAAGGCUAUUACCGGCUAUGUGAUUCUUCUUCAGGUUACUGUGAAGUAUGUUACGGAUCCGACGGACUCUGAAAAUGCGAGGGGUUUUCACGGCUCUGCAGAGACCUUGCGCCUCAUGGCCACAUUCAUGGAGGACGUUCGCAGUCUGAGUAUUAUAGGCCAGCGUACUUUCGACGCGGACUCCUUUGGUUAUGAUCGCUUAGGCGAGAUUGCCCAGGUUGCUGAGCGGGCAUGGUCCGUCAAUGCAACAAAUGUUGUACGUCACGAUCUCGAUAGGCAUGUUGAGGUUAAUGACAUUUUGAGUCAAGAACUUGCACCUGUAGACCCGGCCCAGCAACAUCCACCAUCUAGACCUCCGAGGCAUUCGCGCAGGUCUCAGCGUGGGCGUGGGGGGCAAGAGACAAUCAUAUCAUCUCAGCCACAUCAGUCCUCCCAGCAUGAGCAGUCUCAUAUUCCUUUCACUAGCGGUUCAUCCCAUCAGUCUCCACAUCAGUCUCCACUCCAUUCUCGACAGCAUUCAGCCCAUCAGUCUCCACAUCAUUCAUCCCAUCAGUCUCCACAUCAUUCUUCGCCGACCCAACAGGCGUUUUACCGUCCGAUUAUGUCUCCCCAGCACCAGCAGUCCAAUUUUGCCUUCACUCAGUUUUCCUCCCCUCAGACUUCUCAGCGUCAGUUUGGAGAUUCUUUUAUUGACUUUUCUGGGUUUCAGCAGAGUUCGCUAGAUGGCCAGUCGAUACAUUACACGAGUAACUUUCUUUCGAGUAUGUUCGAGGGUGUUGCGGGUCAGCAUCAGGCUGAUGACCCAGCUGAGGGUGAGCGUGAGAGUCAGGGUGAAGAUGAGGCUGAGGAUGAGGCUGAGGAUGCAGACCAGGAUGAUCAGUUUGAGGGUCAGGGUUAUCAGCGCCAUGAGGAGCAGGGAUCGAGUCAGACUCUAGGGACUCCACCGUUGGCUGUGAGUAAAGGCCAGAGAGUGACGAAGGAGCCCGAUAGAUUGACUUAUAGCCUUUUUCGGGCUAAAAAGCCCAAGAAGAAGUAG